CAGCAGCAAAGAAAAAAAAACAGCAAAAGCAAUCAAUCAAUUCGUUGGUCAGGGUUUGGGCACUUGAAGAAGAAGAAGGAGAUGGAGAGUAGAAUACAGGAAGCUAUGCGUUCUCGCCUGCAGCAUUUCAGAGACCAAUCCGACUCUUUAACUUUUGAGGGAGUUCGAAGAUUAUUGGAGAAAGACUUGGCUUUAGAUACAUAUGCAUUGGAUCCACAUAAGAAGUUUGUCAAGCACUUGUUAGAGAAGUACUUAAGUGGCACAGAAGAUGAUGACGAUGUUUCCAAGGGUUCGAAACAAAAUAAGUUAGAAGAUGUUAAAAUGGAAGAGCUACCUAAAGAAUAUACGGUAACAGCAGAUGAAUCAACAGUUGGAGAUUCUCCAGUUAUGGAACUUUCAUCAGCAAAGGAAUCAGCCAAAUCUGGAAGCUCUGAAACUCAGGGCAAUGCAGAUGAGAAAAUACCUACCGAGACCAUGAUAAAGGAGGCCCUAUGGAACAAGGCAACUUAUUUUAGAUCCAACUCUGAGGAACUGACUGUGGCUGGUGUACGUCGGCUGUUAGAGGAAGAUCUUGACCUCAAAAAGUUUUCUCUUGAUUCAUUUAAGAAACUAAUAAGUAAGCAAUUAGAUGAGGUCCUAAAUUUUGAAAACGACUCACCAAAAAAGAGGGGAUCCAAAUUAGAUGCUGAUGGUGAAAAUGAUCAUAUAGAAGCUGAAGUAAAACCAAAAAAGAAAUUGGCCCCAAAAGCAAAAGUUAAUAAAUCUGAAGGGCCUAGGAAACGUAAUAGACCUGCUCAUGAGACUAAGCGUGGGAAAAAAAAGAUCAAGAAUGAUGAAGAAAACUCUGUUGAGAAGAACUAUGUAAAAGAUGUGGAUGAUGAAUCUGAAUCUUCUGCUGAAAAACCUGUGAAGAAGGAAGUGGUAUCAUAUGGAAAGAAAGUGGAGCGCCUGAGAUCAAUUAUUAAGGCUUGUGGGAUGAGUAUUGGUCCUAACGUAUACAAGAAAGCAAAGCAAGCUCCUGAGGACAAACGUGAGGCUUUCUUACUUAAGGAACUGCAAAACAUUCUCUCGAAAGAAGGAUUAUCGGCAAACCCUUCUGAAAAAGAAAUCAAAGAAGUGAAACGGAGAAAGGAAAGAGCUAAAGAGCUGGAAGGUAUUGAUACAAGCAACAUUGUUGUUGGUUCACGUAGAAGGUCCGCAUUUGAUUUUGUGGCCCCACCAAAGCCCAAAGCACCUAUUGAAAGUGAUGAUGAUGAUGAUGAUGAUGCAGAAGAUAGUGACAACGAAGAAGGAAAUGGUUCUGAAGACACUGAUAAUGAUAAUGGAAAUGGUUCUCAAGACACUGAUAAUGAUAAUAAAGAUGGUGAUGAUAUACACGAGGUUGAUACGCUCCAUAAAGAUGGUGAUGAUCUACAUGAGGAUGAUACACUCCGUGAUGAGGUUCAGGAAAGUAACACAUCAUAAGCGUUUGUUUCUUUCUUUUGUACUAAUCGUUUGUGAUAAAUUGUAUCAACAAAACUAUUUAGGUAAAUACCCAGAUAUAGCACACUAGCAAGUUUCUAAGGGUCUAUUGUCUAAAAUUCUUGAGUACUUUUUGAUUUGUCC